AUGUCCGCUGCGGUGGUCGCGCUGUGGCUAGCCACGGUUGACAUUGCGUAUACCAGCAACGCCAGAAACAUGCCUUUGAGUGAGGAAAAUCUCCGAAAGGAGAAAAUCGUGGGCUGGAAGCAGAGAACAGCCUUGUACAAAGAUGUGAUCACCAUCUUGUCGAGGUCACACUCCGACCGUAAUGUGUACCCGUCUGCCGGUGUGCUGUUCGUUCACGUCCUGGAAAGAGAACACUUCAAAGGGGAGUUUCCUUUCUACCCCAAAGCAGGUGAUGCCGCCAAUGACCCCAUCACUUUUAACACCAAUUUAUUGGGCUUCCCGGACCGUCCCGGAUGGCUUCGCUACAUUCAGAGGACCCCUAAUAGCGAUGGGGUGCUGUACGGAUCGCCCACCGCAGAGCAUGUGGGCAAAGCAACAGUCAUAGAGAUUACCGCCUAUAACCGACGCACUUUCGAGACGGCACGGAACAACUUGGUCAUAAACAUUAUGGCCACUGAGGAAUUCCCGCUUCCUUACCAGGCCGAGUUUUACAUAAAAAACAUGAACGUUGAAGAGAUGCUAGCCAGCGAGGUGCUGGGCGACUUUUUGGGAGCCGUGAAGAACGUGUGGCAGCCCGAACGCCUCAACGCCAUCAACAUCACUUCGGCGUUGGACCGCGGCGGACGUGUACCGCUGCCCAUUAAUAAUCUGAAAGAAGGUGUGUACGUCAUGGUGGGCGCCGACGUUCCCUUCUCGUCAUGCCUGCGCGAAGUCGAGAGCCCCCACAACCAGCUGCGUUGCAGUCAGGAAAUGGAACCCGCCAUCAGCUGCGACAAAAAGUUCCGAGCUCAGUUUCACAUCGACUGGUGUAAAAUCUCUCUGGUUGACAUCAACAAAGUUGUACCCGUAUAUGUCACCCGCCCUGAACCGGGUCCGGGGGUUCUGCCUGAAAUCGGGGAAUACAACCCUCCGUCGGAGUCUCUGAAGAGCCGAGACUACUUCAUGGACUUCAUCGUGACGUUGGCAAUUCCUUCGGCGGUGGCGCUUCUCCUCUUCAUCUUGCUGGGUUAUACUAUGUGCUGCCGAAGGGAAGGGGUGAAAAAAAGAAACAUGCAAACAUCAGCCAUCCAGCUAGUCCACCACAGCUCCAUUCAGAAGUCCACCAAAGAGAUGCGCAGCAUGUCGAAAAACCGGGAAAUCUCCUGGCCGCUCUCAACGUUGCCCGUCUUCAACCCGGUCAGCGGCGAGGUGAUUCCGCCCAUCCACCCGGACAGCUACGAAACCACCAGCAUGCCACUCAUGCAGACGCAGACGAACCUGCAAAACCAGAUUACCAUACCACAACAACCAUCAGGAGAUAGUUAUGUCAUGUCUACAUUUCGAAGGUUGGAGGUAAAUGGUAUUCCUGAGGAGAGAAAAGUGUCCGAAGCACUUGAUUUGUGA